GUUAAACAAUUACGAUUGGGUCAAAAAUAUUUUCCAUACGGGCCUUUGAUUCUCAAAACUACUAGCCCAACUCGGCUCGCCUGUUUACACUAUUUCAGCUUCCUUUCUUGCGCAAAAAGAAGAGCAGAGAAAAGAAACACUGAAUUUGGGGGAGAAUUAAAACGAGAGAAAGAGAGAUAAGAAAAGAGAAAAGAAGAAAAAUGGAUCCGAAAUUGACAGAAGUUUCGCAAGUCUUCGAGCGAUUUAAAGCGGCAUUUGUGAGGAAGGAUUUUGAUACUUGCACCAAACUGCUGUCUCAGCUCAAGGUUUUAUUGACGGGUUUCAAGAGUCUUCCUCCGUUAUUUGAAGACACACCAAAUGCCAUCCAUGAGCUGACACUAGCAAGGGACAUAUAUGAGCAUGCUGUUGUUCUAAGUGUGAAGAUCGAGGACCAGGGUGCUUUUGAGAGAGACUUUUUCCAACUGAAGCCCUAUUACACGGAUACUCAAGGCCGUCUCCCGCCUUCCCCUCAGGAGUACCCCAUUCUGGGUCUCAACCUUCUGAGACUCCUCGUGCAGAACAGAAUAGCUGAAUUCCACACAGAGCUGGAAUUACUCCCAUCUCGUGCUCUGGAAAACCCAUGCAUUAAACACGCUGUUGAGCUGGAGCAAUCCUUCAUGGAAGGAGCUUAUAACCGUGUUCUGAGUGCUAGACAGACUGUUCCGCACGAGACAUAUGUCUACUUCAUGGACUUGUUGGCAAAGACUGUCAGGGAUGAGAUAGCUGGGUGCAGUGAGAAGGCUUACGACUCUCUCUCGUUGAAUGAUGCUCAACAAAUGCUGCUGUUUUCUUCUGAAAAAGAAUUACUCGAAUACAUAGAGAAGGAGCAUCCAGAGUGGGAGAUCAAGAACGGGUUUGUGUUUUUCCAAAGGGCAAAAGAAUGUGUGCCGUGCAAGGAGAUUCCUUCUCUGCAGCUCAUCAACCAGACACUCAGUUAUGCUCGGGAGUUGGAGCGCAUUGUGUAAAACAAAUGUGCCUUUGCAAAAGAGCCUUUUUUUUUUCCCCUCCCUUCGUUUAUCCGAGUGUCAUUUCUAGGAUAAUGGCUAACUCGGAUAUUGAUGAAAAACGCAUUUCGUUAUAUUGUCAGAUCAUUUUGCAAAUGGUCACAAAUGCACUCUGUUCAGUACUUCUGAGACAAUAUAUUUGCUGCCUUGUGUUGUGUUCUUUUAUAUUCCAGAAAUCCAUUGAACUUUAACAAUGUCUUUAUUUACAACUUGAUCAAGAUGUCACAUUUGUUUGAAACGUGUUGAUGAAAACCAUUCAAUAAUGUUGUUGGUAAUCUUAUUUUGUCAAAAUGUGAAGUUUUAGAUUUUUCCUAGAUAAAA